AUGUUUGGUUUGGAGCCCCGAGUAUCGCACUUGCAAAGAAAGAUCGCAUUUGCGAUCAGUGGGGCUGGGAGGGGACCUUUGCAAUUGCGAGGCGCAGGAUCGCACUUGCGAUGUGAGCAGGCUGCAUUUGCGAUGAAGAUGACGAGAACACGUACAACUUUAUCAGCUGAUCAGCAGCGCGAGCCCCCAUUGGCAGCUCCUACAAGGGCACCAGUCAUCUCUCAGGCUGGGGGAGGAGCUCAGACUCCCGCUACCUACACUUUGGAGCAGAUAGCUCCUCAAUUCCAGACUCCAGCAGCUCAGCCAGUAGGAGUAGCUCAGCCAGUUGUUGUGGCUCAGACCGCUGGUGGAUCAUCUAUGUCUUCUAAGGCUUUGUUGAGGCCACUACUGUCGGUUCCUGGAUGGGUUUUCAUCCAUAGCAGCCUUGAUGACCAAAUUGACCCAGAAGUGUGCCCCAUUCAGGUGUGCAGGCUUCGCAUUUGCAAAGCCUGGCUCGCAAAUGCUAGUGUCGCACUUGCGAAGAAAGAUCGCAUUUGCGAUCAUGGAACUCCUCAAUUUCCACUUAGAGAGAAGUCUCNCGUCGUGGAGUGCUGGUGGGGUAUAGUGGAGGCGCAUGCCCCAAAAAGAUAUAAUUGGGGCGGUUACAAGAGGCUUUUUGAAAUUGUUCGAGAUCUUAACUUAAAAUUGCGGGUGGUAAUGUCAUUCCAUGAAUGCGGAGGAAAUGUCGGUGAUGAUGUUCAUAUUCCUCUUCCACGAUGGGUUACAGAAAUUGGUUACAAAAAUCCAGACAUAUUUUUUGCAGACAGAGAUCUUAGAAGAACCCAUGAAUGUCUCACCUGGGGAAUUGACAAGGAGCGUGUUUUAAGAGGACGAACUGCUCUUGAGGUUUACUUUGGUUUAAUGAGAAGCUUCAGCGUGGAGUUCAUUGAGUUCUUUGAAAAUGGAGUCAUCUCUGAGAUUGAAAUUGGACUUGGUCCAUGUGGAGAAUUACGAUACCCUUCUCAUUCUGCAAAACUUGGGUGGAAAUAUCCUGGUAUUGGUGAAUUUCAGUGCUAUGAUAAGUACUUGUUUAAUAGCUUGCAAAAGGCAGCAGAGGCAUCCGGAUCCUCAUCCUCUGGUAAAGGACCUUGGAAUGCAGGUUCUUACAAUUCUAAACCACAAAAGACUGAGUUUUUUCGUGAUGGCGGAGAAUAUAAUCGCUUUUAUGGCAGAUUUUUCUUGAAAUGGUACACUCAAGUUUUAAUUGAUCAUGCUGAUCAAGUACUUGGCUUGGCAAAUUUGUCUUUUAAAGGCACUCCUAUAGCAGCAAAGCUACCAGGAAUCUAUUGGUGGCGCAAUACUAAGAGUGGUGCAGCUGAAUUAACAGCUGGCUUUUACAGUGUUAACUGUCGUGAUGGCUAUUCUCCAAUAGCAUCAAUGUUAAAGAAGCGUGAGGCAGCUCUGAAUUUCACAUGUCUUGAAUUGCACACAGUUGAUCAGAAAAAGGACUUCCCACAAGCAUUAGCUGACCCAGAAGGACUAGUUUGGCAGGUAAACAUGUGAGAAUCUAACAUACAGGGA